CGCAACUAUGAUGACUUGCUUUCGCGCUCGCACCGCCCUGUUUCCCCCGCUCGUCUCUGCCUUCCGCUCCGGAGUGUCGAUGUCCUCGGCUCCAUUUCCGUUCCGCCAUCGAAGUCUACAUGUACUUUCCACUGCACCUGUGAACACAAAUCCUAUUCCCUCUGCGCCACACUGCCGAUCGUGGCUCUGAUCCGUAUCCCGCCAAAUCGCACGCACGCGUGAACAACCUUCGUCUGCGUGUCCCUACCCAGCACCACCGCCGCUGCUGUUGAGCGGGCCACGGCUGCCUGACGCCUGCAGAGCCUGCGACCGGAGCGCAUCCACCUCCGCCCGCCAACCGUCACGAUCAUCGAGAACCGCGUGGGCUCCGCAGCCAACCAACCACAUUGACCAUGUCGUCAGAACCAGAGUCACCACUCAACUCUCCCUCGCCGCCCACCUCGCCCGAUGAGCUCAACUCUCCGCUCACCAGUCCUGACCCAACACGAGUGACCUCGCCAACAGUGCAACGGAUGCAGUCGGACACGAGCGUGCCGUCCAGCAUGGCCAACAUGACUGCUUCUUCCACCGCGCGGGGCCAGCUGGACGCAGCACGUAGACCGGCGGGAGCGACAUUCGCGAGAGGGAAUCCACCUACCAUGAAUCCUGAUAUUGCCGCGCGUAUGAAAGCCUUCACGCUCAAUAGGCAAGGCCCAGCUACGCCGCAGCCCGAUCGCAGCCCCAUCAGUCCGCCUUCGGCUGGUCAAGCAACCCCGGGAGGAUUUCCCUCGAACUUCAGACUACCGCCUGGAAUGCAACGACCCUCUCCAGCACCAAUGCACUCCUCGCCUGCCGUCACGGGAGCUAGUAAGCCCAUGUCUCUGGCUGAGAAGCGAGGUUUGAAGCUGCCUGGAGGCCUACCUGGCUCUGGUCCUGCUCCUGGCGGUCCAGGUGCUCCUGCCGGCAGGCAAAGGCCACCAGGAAUGACCCUCUCUAGCAUGGGUGGUGGUGCUCCGAAUGGUGACGCUUCUGGUCAGCAACCCGCGAAGCCCGAGACCGCUAUGGAUAAAUAUGCGGAUAUGAUCGACACCAAGACUGGAGCGCUCAGGUUCAAGGGAAAGGCAACGGUGCACGGUGGGGGCAUUGACUUCACGUCAGGCAAAAGCUUUAGCAUCAGUCUGGAUGAGGUGGACACCCUUGAUGAGCUCGGGAAAGGCAAUUAUGGUACGGUCUACAAAGUGCGACAUGCAAGACCGAAAUUCAGAAAGACUGGCCAAGGGCUGGCAGGCAACAAAGCUCGUGGACCCCUCACAGAAGAAGAGCAAACUCCAACAUCGCCUACACGGCCCAGUAACGCCAGUACGACUCCCACCAACGCUACAGCUCAGCAAGCGUAUGGAAGAGGCGGGACAACUGGCAUCGUCAUGGCUAUGAAGGAAAUGCGUCUCGAACUGGACGAUGCAAAAUUCCAGUCUAUCAUCAUGGAAUUGGACAUCUUGCAUCGAUGCGUUUCACCCUAUAUCGUGGAUUUCUAUGGCGCCUUUUUCCAGGAAGGUGCUGUAUACAUAUGUAUGGAAUUCAUGGACGGCGGCAGUUGCGACAAAAUAUAUGGAGAUGGUGUUCCGGAGGGUGUAUUGAGAAAGAUCACGUACUGUACGACGCUCGGCCUGAAAUCGCUCAAAGAAGAACACAACAUUAUCCAUCGCGAUGUGAAACCUACGAACAUCCUUAUGAACACGAGAGGACAGGUCAAAAUCUGCGACUUUGGCGUGAGCGGGAACUUGGUGGCGAGUAUAGCCAAGACGAAUAUUGGUUGCCAGUCCUACAUGGCACCGGAGAGAAUAUCAAGUGGUGGCGGCGGCGCGCCAGGAGGCGCUGUCGGAACAUACAGUGUGCAGUCUGACAUCUGGUCACUGGGUUUGACGAUCAUUGAGUGUGCUCUGGGACGAUACCCGUAUCCACCAGAGACGUACGACAACAUUUUCUCGCAACUCGCUGCAAUUGUGGAUGGUGAACCACCUGACCUGCCUGCAGACACCUUUUCGGAGGCUGCACGAGAUUUCGUGGCAGGCUGUUUGAACAAGAUUCCCAAUCUCCGUCCGACAUAUCCUAUGCUCCUACAACACGCCUGGCUGGCUCCUCUUGUGAAGCCUGAGACCAUUACAGAAGAAGAUGAAGAUGCGGAAGCGGCUGCAGAAGCGGCGGCGGCAGCUGGCGAAGAUGUUCCCGAGCCAAGCUCCCAGCUUUCGAGUGUACCUGCGGAGGACGACGGUGGCUUCGUCGAUCGCGAAGUGGGCGAAUGGGUGAUUGAUGCAUUACGGAAGAAGAAAGAGGGCACGCUGGGGCAGCACGCCAAACCUGCUCUUCACGCCGCACCUCUGGACGCAACUGCCAGCCGGUAGUGCGAGCCUGAGCAGUGAAGACUAACGGCAGUUGUUCUGUUUUGAUUCUCUUUUCUGCAUCCAUGAUUGUUCCAAGUUCAGCGGAAAGGACGCUGGUUCGUUGCGAGUACGCAAUUUGGUUUUGUUAGAGUCGAUAUUACAUGGCAGAAAGCGAUACAGUAGCAUGGGAUGGCAUGGCGGGCAGAUGGCUGGGUGAUGCGUAUGUAUAGAUGGGAUAUCUGGGCAGCCUGCGAAGACACAGUGUAGAAGAACAAACAAUAAAGAGACCUGAGAUGAAGGGAAGCAUUUCGCGAAGCAAUCUCAUACUGGGUUUUAACAUGGCUCGCAUAAUUCGUCUUCAUCCCAAAUAUUCAGCGAGCAAGGAGUCCAUUCGCUUGUUCUGUGACUGUACAAUAUCGCUGGC